AUGCUGGAGAUGAGUGGCAUCUCGUAUAUCCUGUACGAAAGCUACCAUGAUAUCGCGCCAGAUGCAGGUGCCAGCCUCGGUUUGAUGCCAAACGGGCUGCGUAUCUUGGACCAACUGGGCCUCACGGACAAGUUUGACGCGUUCCAAGUAGUACACGACUACUGGGAGCACCGCGACGGCGAAACAGGAGAGCUUUACAAGCGGUCCAUGUUCAUGAAACACUAUCCUACCUUAAUGGGCUACGAUGGCUUCUUUAUGGCUCGCCAAGAUGUCUUGCGGCUGCUCUACGACAGCCUAGAGAAUAAGAGUAGGGUUCACGUCUCGAAAAGAGUCAUUUCCAUUCAGGAGCUUGAUGAUUCGGCUGCCAUUGAGGCCGCGGACGGCAGCCGCUUUUCCUGCGACUUUGUCGCUGGGGCUGAUGGAGUGCGAAGCAUUGUGCGGAACAACAUUCUAGCAGCAACAGUUGCGGCCCCGACAGACUAUCUCCAAGCGGAAGCUGCCUGCGUAUUUGGCAUAUCAAAGCCCAUUCCGCAAAUCCCAGCGGGGCGCCAUUUUACGAUAUAUCGUCCCAAAGUUUCUGGCUUAGUGUUCGCAGGCUUGAAUGGCAGACUGUAUUGGUUCCUCUUCAAGCUUCUGCCGGAACCUAUCGAGUAUGGAAAGACGACAUCUUUCACGCAAGCAGACAUUGAUGAAGUGGUUGCCAAUAUAUCCGAUGCUUGUGUGACGGAUGGUGUACGAUGGGCUGAUGUAUGGGCUGCCAGAGAGCAGGCCCUCAUGACAGCUCUCGAGGAAGGAUUAUCUCAUAGUUGGAAGUCUGGAAGAAUGUUCCUUUUGGGCGAUUCUGUGCACAAGAUGGUGCCACACGCGGCCAUGGGGGCCAACCAAGCCAUGGAAUCAGCUGCCUGCUUCGUCAACAACCUCCGAAAGUUGCAGACCAGCUCUGACGGUAUUGGCCCGCGAAUCUCGCGAGCCCAAGUCGAUCAAUGCCUUGAUGAAUACGCCAAGCGACGUCAGGACCGCAUGGAAGUCAUCUCCAAGACCGCGGCUACGUUCUGUAGGAUGCAGCUCAAGAUUGGUCCUGCGGCAAAGGGCUUCACCGGCGCUCUUCGACAUUUCAGGGACGAAGACUUUCUACAAAAGGGUCUAGAACAGCUGACCGCCGCAGAAAAGCUGGAGGACUGGCAUUGCGGGAGCAGCCAGGUUGAAUAUUAUAGCGUGCAGUCGGCCAAAGCCCUGAAGGUUCUUCAGGCCAAGGGUGAUUUGGCCAGCCUUGGAUUGGCGUGA